CGACUGCGGGUCUCACUUUGUGAAUUAAAAUCGUAGAAUGUUUGAAGCAUUUGAUAGUUAAAAGGCAAUGAUAUUUAAUUAGUCAAAACUUGGUUGAUGGUCAUCUAGACGGCGAAAAACACUGAUACCGCGAAAGAGACAUAAACCAGAUGACAGCACAAUCUAAUUGAGGUCAUUAGCUCGGGGAAGAGGAGAGGAGAACAGUGUAAACACGACUGUUGUUCUUCGAGAUUGUUUAUUUAGUAUCGAUGGACAUUCUUUAACUGCUACACAGUGGAAAGCAGUAGGUUUUCUUACAAAAACAAAAGGGUAAAUCGCAAACGGGCACUCUACAUCAUGGUUGGUCAUUAAGUCAAGAUGAAACAAUCCGAAAGAUUCUACCUAGAGUCAACUCACUGGAAAAAAGAAAAUCUUAACCCUUCUUAUGGUAUCUCACAAGACUUCCGCUGUGUUUGACAGAAUAAUAGUAGGUAAAAUCAGAUAACAAGCAAAUGAAGGACAGCCUAAUUACCGCCCCAACGAAGCAAACUCUGGCCUGAAGUUCGACAGCCAAGAUCAAAGAGAUAAUAGUGCAUCGUUUUCCCUCAAAAUCCGUCUCGCGGUGACGUUUUCUUACAUUUGGCGUCAAGUGAGGACGUGAAUUGAGCUCAUAUAAAGCUGUUCUACACUUCGUUGCUUUUAUUUGCCUAGACCCUCAAGAUUUAGUGGGAAUACCUUGCUUAAGACUGUGGAAAGSCAUAUUGGAGAAACCGGUCAUGGCGUCAGUCGAUUAUGACUCAGUUGACUACGAAGAAUGGAAUCAAAGUAUUUAUGAGUAUGGCGAAGAAAUGACUGCUCCUGUUUACAAAGAAACGCUUCCAACCUAUGUGAUCUUUAUGUUAGUCUUGUAUACUAUAAUAUUCAUAGUUGGAUUCUUUGGGAAUUGUAUUGUUAUUUAUGGUGUCAUGCAACAAGGACUGAACAAGACAACAAGCAGUUUUUUCAUUGCUAACUUGGCGCUUUCGGAUCUUGCUGUUCUUGUUCUAAGUUUACCUGUUGGUCUGCUUCAAGAGCUUGCUUCAUGGCCAUUUGGUGAGCUGGCUUGUAAGAUAUUCUAUCCACUGGGCGAUGUUUUCUUACUAGUCUCAAUUAUGACUUUGACGGUCAUUAGCUUCGAUCGAUAUAGAGCAGUAGUAACUCCGAAAAAACGCUUCACUAAAACUCAAACUAAACUAGCUAUUUUAGUAAUAUGGAUAAUUUCUUACCUUAUUUGUGGACUACCGACUUCGUUUCUUCUUAAACUGAUCACAACGAACGAAGGAGUAAAGUUUUGCUAUCCAUUCUGGCCGACUACGUUACAAAGGAGAGUUCAUAUGAUUGUAAUCACUGUCAUUGUCACUAUCCCUCUAUUUAUCAUCGCAUAUUCUUACAUAAGAAUCGUACGAACAUUAUGGCGCGUUCGUGUUAUACACAAGAACGUUGUUGGUCUUACAAAGGAAUCCCAUGCUAGACUAGAGAAGAAACGCAAGCUAGUUAAGAUGCUUAUUUUAAUCGUCUUCGCUUUCACAGUUUGUUCACUCCCUUACAUCGUCUACACACUGUUUCUCGAGUUUGGCUUCGACAAGGAAAAGCAAGUCGAAAUGGAGAUAGGUUUGGUUGUAGUUUUGUCUUUAUUCUACACCAACAGCGCCGUGAAUCCUUUAAUAUUAUGCGGAAUGAGCAAAGAUUACCGAAAAGGACUACGGCCAUGUAAAUGUUGAUUGCUUACAAGCCGUCAGUUGACAAAAGCUUUCCUUUUYAUAGCUUUGAAUAAACAAACCGACGGAAGCCAAAAKACUUUGUCAUGAAACAUAGAACGACGUCAUGUGUGUAUUAAAAUGAACCACCUUUUCUCUUUUUAAAGAGAGAAAUAAUGUUGACAGUGCUAAAGAGAUCAAAGUUGCAGCCAACAGAUGACUAGGAUGUGUUCCUCUGUAGCUGCGUCWAACUUGGAGUUUGGGGAACUUUUAAUGCUAAUUACGACGCUCCUGGUACUGAAAAUCMUCUUUAUCUCCGGGGUAAAGUAUUAUUCAUACUUAGAUAAUUUUCGACAGAUCUAUGGUUUCCUAUAAAAGAACUCGGAAGCCAAGAUUUUGGAAUUUGUCCAGUUGAUUUCUGCUUCAGUUGGAAGAGAUGAAUUUUGUUGAUAAAUUGUGAAUCUCUUUCAGCCAUAAUAAGAGUCAUUUCUUCGAAAGAGGCGAUUCUAAUGUUUGGUGUAAGCUAGAUAUCAAAUGGGUGUAAAUAUGCAAAUUUAUUUUUGUAUAGUUUACAUGUAUUAUCUUACAGUGCCCAGAGUGACACAAAUGUCAAAUAUUACUAAUGACUGUGUAAUUUUAACCCGGCUAUGUUAUAGCAUUUUCAUGAUUGUAAAGCAGUGAUUAUUUUUUAUAUUGAAACAUCGUACAAUUUUUUUUAGAUAAGUAAAAAUUGCUGACAAAAGAAGAAGAAUAUAUUGUCCUAAAAACAUUAUUUGUUAUUUGCUCCAGUCAAACUAAGGAGAGUCUAAGGAUUGUGUCCAAAGUAAUUGCAAUAUAAUUUUUUUCCACGUGGAAACUAUUCAUUGAAGUAUUCUGAAUAUCAUACUAAAAAUCCCUUCGGUGGAACAUUCGGUGGAACAUUGAAAUUGAAGAUGAAUAGGGCAGGUAGCACAGGGAUCCCAACACAAUUAAAUUGUACAAAAACACAUAUUUUGUUUCUUUUUCAAGCCAGUUUAUACAUUUCAUUGUGUCAUAUURUUAUAUUGUGAUUAAUUGACUAUAAAAUAUAACUAUUUUCUAAAAUUU